AUGGGCAGCGCCACGCCGACUGCCGAGGAGCUCGGCGAUCUCACCUACCAGCUUGACCGUGCCAACGUCUUCCACUCAUGGAGUGCCCAGGCAGCACUCAACCCGCUGCCAAUCGCAGGAGCAUCGGGCAGCGAGGUCUGGGACUACUCGGGGAAGCGCUACCUUGAUUUCUCCUGUCAGCUCGUGUACACCAAUAUCGGUCAUAGUCACCCCAAGGUCGUCGCCGCUAUCAAGCAGCAAGCAGAGACACUGGCCACAGUAGCACCAGCACACGCCAACCUCGCCCGCGGAAAGGCCGCCGAGCUGAUCCUCAAGCACGCCAAUGGGUUACACCCCGCCGACAAGUUCUUCCACAAGGUCUUCUUCACCAACGGCGGAGCUGACGCCAACGAGAAUGCCAUCCGCAUGGCCAGGUUGACGACCGGCAGGGACACGGUUCUAUCCACCUACCGCAGCUACCACGGCAGCACGGGUUCGGCCAUCGUUGCGACCGGUGACUUCCGCCGGGUCCCGAACCAGUUCGCCCGCGGCCACACCCACUUCUUCGGCCCGUACCCCUACCGAUCCGAGUUCUGGUCGACCUCGCCCGAGCAGGAGAACGAGCGGGCGCUGCAUCAUCUCCGGAGGGUCAUCGAGUGCGAGGGCCCAGCCUCUAUCGCAGCCAUCAUCCUUGAGACCAUCUCCGGUACGGCGGGCGUCAUAGUGCCUCCGACUGGGUGGCUCUCUGGAGUGCGGAAGCUGUGCGAUGAGUUCGGCAUUGUGAUGAUCUGUGACGAGGUCAUGGCGGGUUUCGGACGCACAGGUGACUGGUUCGCGUGGCAGAACAAGGAGCUGAACCCGGAGGGCAUCACGCCUGACCUGGUCACAUUCGCAAAGGGUGUCAACGGCGGCUAUGUUCCCGCCGGAGGAGUCAUCAUCUCUCAGGCCAUAUCGCACGCCUUUGACGAGCGUGUGUACCUGGGAGGCCUGACCUACUCGGGACAUCCGCUCGCCAUGGCGGCUAUCGUUGCCACGAUCGAGGCGCAGGAGGACGAGCGGAUCCUCGAGCACGCGACUUCCAUCGGGAAGGACGUCCUGGGUCCUGGUCUCCGUAAGCUCGCAGAGAAGCAUCGGGUCAUCGGGGACGUGCGAGGACUGGGAGUGUUCUGGGCAUUGGACCUCGUUUCGGAUCCAGUCACCAAGAAGCCAGUGACCGCGGAUGUGAUCGCGAAGAUCAAGAGCGAGAGUCAGAAGAGGGGCUUGAUCUCAUUCUUUGUUGAGAACAGGAUACAUGUCGUGCCGCCAGGUAACAUCUCCAGGGAGGACGUCGAGAAAGCCCUGGUGAUCUACGACGAGGCUCUCUCUGCAGCGGAGGCGAGUCUGUAA